AUCACAUAUAGCAGUAGUACAGUACUACUUUUUACUCCUUAUUUUUACUUUUUCUCUCUCUCACCGCACUAUAAGCGGUUCUAAUUUUCCUUCUCUUUCUGCGUCCGAUUCCCGGGAGAUUCGCCGAUCGACACACACUGAGAGAGAGAGAGAGAGAGAGAGAGAGAGAGAGAGGAAAUCGUAGAAGGCAGAGAUGGAAGGAGAUCGGAGGGUGGGUGUCGCUAUUGAUUUCUCCCCAUGCAGCAGGGAAGCACUCAAGUGGGCGGUGGAUAACCUUGUCCGCGCCGGGGAUCACCUUAUCCUCAUCACCAUUCUCCCCGAAGGCAAUUAUGAGGCGGGCGAGAUGCAGCUCUGGCAAACCACCGGCUCCCCUCUAAUCCCUUUGAGAGAGUUCUCUGAACCCGUCAUUUUGAAGAAAUAUGGUGUGAAGCCGGAUCCUGAAACAUUGGAUAUUGCCAAUACUGCUGCUGCGCAGAAAGAGAUUGUGGUGGUUUUGAAGAUCUAUUGGGGAGAUGCUCGGGAGAAGAUAUGCGAAGCAAUUGAUAAUAUUCCUCUGAGCUGCCUUGUUAUAGGGAACAGAGGCCUUGGCAAGCUUAAGAGGUUAAUUUCUUUGGAUUGCUUUUUUUUUUUUUUUUUUCAGAACUCAAAUCUAAAAUUCUGCAAGGAUGAAACUUUUGGUGGGACGCCCUGAACUUUCCUUUUGUACACUUCUUCAUGUGUCGUACUAACUCCAAAUCCUCGCUAUGGCAACUUAAACUUGGGCUUUCUCUAUAGACGAUCUCUUUGGUAAGAGCUUGCCAGAGAAGAGCACCCAUUAUAAAGUUACUGCAUUUUUAACGACCUGUUUUUGGAACUGAGUCAGUUUUUGUGAAGUUUUAAAGCAAACCAUAAUUCCAUCGGUGACGUGGGCCAUGUUAUCUAUGGAAAUUGAUUGUUUCUUGGUUUUAUUUGCCUGUUUUAAUUUCCAGGGCUAUCAUGGGCAGUGUUAGCAACUAUGUGGUGAAUAAUGCUUCUUGUCCAGUGACGGUUGUGAAGCAUUUGGAUCAUGAGUGACUGCUAUGCUCCAUCUAUCUGAACUGGAUUUAUGUUUCUCGUUAGAACUGAGUCCACACGCGAUCCAGAAUGAAGUUGUAUUAAUUUUUCAUUCUCCUAAUUACAUUUCUUGGAGUUCUUCUUUAUGUUUCAAUUCAUUUGAAUGUACAAGGAGUUACAAGUAAGUUGAUUGCAGAUGGUGUCGUGUGGGGUUACAGUGUGAUAAUCCAUAGUUUGUGGGAAUAAAAUUUGCUUUUGAACUA